AUGGCAACCUGUUCCAGGCCGCCCUCUCAAGCUUGCUCCCCUGUCAAUCAAGGACAGCUGGAACCCCUAUUUCUGCCAGCCUCCCCUGAGCUUGGCAAAGUCUCUCUCAAGCAGGUCAUCCGCCUCCUGUGGGGAUUACAAUCCCAAGUUGACCACAUUGAGCAGACCCUCUUGGAACAAAACAAAAUUAAUCAAGAGGUUUGCACCAACGUCAAAAACAUCUCCCAAGCAGUCAAUGUUGUCAAGGAUGGGCUUGCCCAGCUCCAACUCCCCUGGGGUCCCCACACCCCAGAAGAUCAAAAACCCCCUGCGGUUAAGGAAAUUCCCUGGGCUGCGCCUAAAGCCAAGCCUAUUGGCAAGGCUCAGCCCUUCCUUGGGCCCCAGCCCCUAUCAUCUCCACAGGGGCCCCAAGGCGCAACCCCCUUACCCUGUUCAACCCAUACCCUUCCUCCUCCUUCCCUUUGGGACCGCUCCAGCCACCCAAGGACCUCCACCAGCGCCCCAAGUCACUUUGGCGCUGCCUCCAGCCCCCUCUACCGCAAAGCCUGGGUUUGCCUCAACCAAAGGCAGUUCCCAUUGGACCUGGAGGUCCUAAGUUUCCUCCUCAUGAACAUGACAGAGGCCAGUGGAGCAUGGGCCCAUCCCCAUUUGGACCAACUAGGGUCCCAUUGUGCGCUCAUCCAGACCAUGGAUGAAUUCAAAUUCUUCAUGCUGCAAAUGGAACUUGACUGGAAUGAUGCCGCACUCCAUGGCCAAUUUGCACAAGGACUUCACUGGGAGGUCCAAAGACAGAUUGCCACAAGGGAGAGGCAACCCUGUACACUGAGGGAGCUGCAAGAUGCCUCCCUCAUCAUUGACAACGCCCUCCGUGAGGAACGUGCCAGCCACCUGCAACAGGGUAAUAAGCCUGGCAAAACCUCAACCACCCCCAAUUGGGGGGCAAGUCAAGUACCAGCCAACAGGCCACCAAAACCAGCCCCCUCUCCUCCAAUCCCAAUUAUGUUUUGGAGGAAGAAUGCAACCGCCAACAAGCAGAAGGCCAGACACAAGUUUGCCAAGUGUAGAACCAGCUGGAAGGCUACCCCUAAGGAGGAUAAGGGGAAGGGCAAGGAAACCGCCAAAACUGGCAAAGACUCUGAGUACCAAUUGGGAAAAGAGUAA